CAAGUGUGGACGUGCCUUUGAAGAUGCGCCUUUUAAUUUCAAUAAUAAUUUCAUCAUACUUUGUCACAGUUUAUAGUGUGAAAGAAAUUGAAUUGGAAUGCGAAAAAAUCCCCAAGACAUGGCGGAGUCCUUACAAAACUGAACAUAGUUGUGAAUUCCAUCAAGUACAUGUGAAAAAUAAUUUCACAAAAAUUAGAAUAUUGGACAGCGAAUUUAUCGAAUUUCCCGAAGUGCUUUUUCAGAAUUCGACAUUUUUCGUCUUUCCUGUGGAACUGAUCGAGCAGCUGCCAGAAGUAACUACAAUCUUAAUGACAUCAGUCCAGUUGAAAAUAAUUCCCGAAUCUACAUUUGCCAGUGCACAACAUCUCGAGACCUUGGAUCUUUCAAAAAACAACUUGACGGAAAUUGGUGAAAAAACCUUUUGCGGUGCGGAAAAUCUAGAAUCUUUGACUCUUCAUGGCAAUAAGAUAAAAAUUAUUUCCAAAAAGGCUUUUUUGUGUACACCAAAAGUGAGAUUUUUGGUUCUUAGUUUCAACGAAUUGGAAUUAAUUGAAGCCGAAACUUUUGCACCUUUGACAAAUUUGAAGUAUUUGGAUAUGAACAAUAACAAAUUAAAAGAAAUUGCAUCAAAUGCAUUCGUCAACAAUCCCCUAAAAUAUGGACUAAUUUUAAGUGAUAAUAAGUUAAACAAUUUAGAGCUGAACAUCGGAACAGAAGUCAGGGAUAUCAAAGUGUCAAAUAACAAGUUGAAAUCAUUUAGUUUGAAAUCAAGCAACUCUGCAGCCUCAGUAAUAGAGAUCGUAGCAAACAACAAUGAACUUUCCUCCAUGACAAUUGAUUCAACCAUAGAUGUGAAACAGAUUCGAUUGGACAACAACAAAAUGGAAAAUUUAGAUAGUCUCUUAUCUCUGUCAUCUUUAAUUGUCCUAUCUCUUUCUAAUAAUUCACUGAAACACAUUCAGGGCCUUGAUAAGUUUCCAAACUUGAAACGAUUGGAUCUUAGUCAAAACAAAGUAAGCUUGGACCAGGGAGUUUUCAAUCCUUUAAAGAACCUCAAGUGGAUAAAACUAUCAAACACAGCCAUGACCAAAUUUGACUUUGAAUGGUUCGGAACUCCUGAAAACUCAUUAGAAAAUCUUCAAACUUUGGAAAUAAAUCAAAACAAAUUGACAGAAUUUGAUUUUACCGAGGUUCAUAGAUAUUUUCCCGGAUUGAGAGGAAUCAUGGUCAACGAUAAUCCGUUCAAUUGCUCGUUCGUGGAACAAAUGUUGAAGUAUUUUGAGUUGCAGACAAAAAUUCAAGUUUGGGAUGCCGAUACAGAAAGUCCAGAAACAAAUGUUGAACAUGUCAAAUGUCAAACAGAGACAAAAGAGGAUCCUCAUCCACAUAGGACUCUAAUUUGGGGAUUAGUUUUUGGGAUGGCGGCCCUUGGUAUCGUCAUUGGAUUUGCAGUUUAUAAGUAUAAAAGGAGUAAGGCAGUAGAUCCAGUAAGUUUUAGUUAUCGACCAUCUAGUAAUAUGAGAAAUUCUGAAAUAAUGGAUCCAUGAAAUGAAUAAUAAUCUUUAGCUAAGAAUCAAAAAUAUAAAAAAAAAAUUCAAUUAAAAUUAAAUUAAUUAAAAAUUUUUAUUCAGAUUGUAAAAUUAAAUCUUAUUGAUCAAGUUGUGUAAAAUCAAACUUAAAAAUUUAUAAAAAAAAUUGUGAUGUAACGCAAUAACUCAGUUUUGUUUUCAAGAAUCUCUAUGGAAAUUUUUGAUAAUUUUUAGAAAAAGUUAUGAGAAGGUUUAGGAACUGAAAAAAAUAGAAAAAUCAGUAAAAAAAUACAUGAAAAAGUUAGAAUCUCUUAGAUAUAACUAUUAGAUAAAAUUUUAUAAAUUUUAAGUUUAAAAAAUUCUUAAGGUUUAGGUCAAUGAAAUGUGAAAUAAAAUUUAAAAAAAAAACAUA